AUGUCCCAACUCACCACAACCACAACCACAACCAACGCAACCUCACAACAACACCCUUAUUACCCCCUCAACGCCCUCAUCCCCCACUAUCGCCCCAACACCACCUCCGUCCCAACUCUUCUCCUGAUUUUUUUCGCUUCUUGUACUCUUCUUCUCUUUUUUUGUUAUUUCUUCGCUACUACUCGCAUCUACGCUGCUGCUGCUUCAUCUCUACCUCUCCCACAAGAAGAGGAAGAGAAAUCGAAGGAGAAGAAUGAGUCGAAGUCGAGAGAGACGGAUACGGGGUUGAGUGGUGGGGAAUUGUCGACUCUCAUGUGGUUUGUUUUGUCGGGCACGAUACAUGUGGUGUUUGAGGGGUAUUAUGUGAGAUUUUAUGAGGAGUUGGCCGGGAAAGAAGGGGUUUUGGGGGAGAUGUGGAAGGAGUACGCGUUUUCGGAUUCGAGAUAUCUCACCAAAAACACCUUCGUCCUCUGCGUCGAAACCCUGACCGUCCUCCUCUGGGGCCCCGGCUGCUUUCUCGUCGCAGCUUUAAUUCUCCAGCGAAGCCCCUGGCGAUAUCCUUUACAAAUCAUCGUUAGCAUGGGUCAACUCUACGGCGAUGCAUUAUACUACGCGACGAGUUUUUUCGAUCAUGCCGUAAAUGGCAUUUCUUAUUCUCGACCUGAAGCGCUCUAUUUUUGGUUUUAUUUCGUGGGGUGUAAUGCGGUGUGGAUCGUGGUUCCUGCAAUUCUCAUCUAUCAGAGUUCUGUCAAGGCGGUGUCGGCCAUAGCAGCCUGCAGCGAGUUGGAUUCCUCGAAGAAGGUCCGUUGA